AGAAUGUGAAAUUCGAACCAUGAGGGGGCAGGAGACACAACGCACUUGCACAUAAAAGUAACUUGAAGUAGACUAAACAAACUUUUCAUCUGAGCAUGUUCAUUAGAAAUUCACUUUCAAUUGAACAUUUUAUCAAACAAAUGUUUACGAAACAGAAGCCAAGCGGGGCAUGGCUUUAACCAGGCUUCUGCUGCUCUACGUGUUUGCCACUGAGGUGCUGGAUGCAGAGACCAGACCGAUAGACUUUGUAUGUGACAGAGAGUCCAGGAGGGGCAUCAACACUGUGGUUGCGAUGGAGGCUGCUCUGGCAGAUUGUUAUGCAUUGUCAACUCUGCCCUUCCCAGUCCAGCUGCCCUGUAUCAAAGUUCACAAAGCAUCCUGGGACAACAAAUCACACCAGGAGAAGCAGGGGGACAUCAUGGUAUCUUUGGAGGCUCUAGCAGAAGGGGUGAGAUCUGUCAGGCUAGUGAGGAUUCUUCCUGGAUGUGCCUCUUCUCUGCUUGAACGACUGGAACACAGCAUCAACAACUACUUGCACAUACUCACACACUUGGAGCAGGUGUCAAUGGUGAGCCCAGGGUUGUCCUGCGUUCCUCAGAGAAGCCAGAGUAUGAAGACAGUACUGUGGACCUACAACCGAUUGAUUACAGGCAAACUGGAGUGGCUUAUGUCUGACCUGAUAGACAGUUGUCCUCCCCUUGGACAGAAGUAAAUGUAAAUACUCUACUCUUAUACUCACAGUUGUCGAACAGCAGUCACACUGUUUGUAAUAAAGCUAAGAGUCAUAAAGAUGGGCCCAAAUGUAACAUUUCAAGUGCAGUUGAUAGAAAAAAUAACCCCUAGAGAGGACUGAGAUACACCCCAAGUAGACCGGACAAGGAGCUCCUCUAAAAGAAUGAACAUGUGAUGGCGUAUUGUUUGAAGGAUCGACAUACAUUACCCUCUGCUGGUCUUGGAGAGGAACUUCAACCCAGGAACACGUGGCCAAAGACUGAAGGAUUUAUUUAUUUGCUAUGUUUCAGCUCAGAAACAAACAGGGACAGCUGUAUGAACUAAGGAAACCCCUCAUAAAUAUUGGACUAUUUUCAAAGGAAUUUAUGUUUACAGAUGCCAAAAUGAACAUUUAGAAACGUGAGCAACAUUCUGUAUUCCUAGCUGAAUAAGGUAGGGAGCGUAAACAAAGAGUGAAAUUAAAUUGUUGAAUGCAUUGAAUUUCAAUAGCUCCUUGGUAAUGUGACCUACUGACCUCAAGCUUCUGUUACAGUAUCCACCGAGUAGCCUUAUAUAAUACACAGACAUUAGAUUGUAAAUUUUUAUCUCAGGAAACAUGAAUUCAAUUUAAAUUUGUGUACAAUUGUGAGAGAUAAAAUUGGACAAACAAAAGGGUGUGCAACAUGUAUGUCAUACUUAGUGCACAAUUUUAUCCUUGAACCAAUUCUGAUUCAACCAAAAUAUCCCACUCUUCCCUUGAAAGAGUUGUGGUUCAUUGAUUAUUGGGCAGGAUGCCAGGCGUAUGUGUGGUACUCAGAGAUGAGAGAGGAAGCCCUAGGUCUAAGCUGUAUGAACUACACAGCAGAGAACAUGUCCAGAACUAGUCUCAGUAAGCAGGGGUGUUGAGAGGUGGAGAAUAGGAAAACAGCAGAGAUGGUGCCAGAGUCAAGAGAAUGGUCUCCAGACCGACGGGGGGCCAGGGAGAGUUGGCAUUUUCUGAGACUAUUAUGUGUGUGUGCAUCUCAAAUAGUGAGGCUGUUAUGGGUCUGUUGCUUAAACAAGAUUUUUAUGUCUGUACACUGAGUUCACAAUAACACAUAUUUGU